GGCUGGUCCCCCGGCUGCAGCACCAUGAACAGCUCCCUGGCUCCGCAGGUGCAUUUCGCGGGCGGCUCUCAGCCCCACGACUCGCGGGAGUGGAAGGCGGUGAUCCCCGCUUUGCUGGGCGUCAUCUGCCUGGCGGGCUUGGCGGGGAACGCGUGUGUCAUCGGCAUCCUGCUCCACAACGCCAGGCGAGGGAAACCCUCCCUGAUCCACUCCCUGAUCCUCAACCUCAGCUUGGCGGAUCUGCUCCUCCUGCUCUUCGCGGCGCCCCUGCGGGCAGCCGCUUACUCCCGCGGCGCCUGGACCCUGGGCUGGUUCGUCUGCAAAACCUCCGACGGCUUCCUCCACACGUGCAUGGCCGCCAAGAGCCUGACGACCGCCGUGGUGGCCAAGGCUUGCUUCAUGUACGCCAGCAACCCGGCCAAGCAAGUGAGUAUUGAGACCCGCACGAUCUGCGCGCUGCUGCUGGCCACGUGGCUGGUGGCCCUGGUGAGCUCCCUGCCGCUCUGGCUCUUCAGCGCCCUUCGGGAGCUCGCGGCGGGCUCGCCCGCGUGCCUCGUGGCCGUGCCAGUCCCCGCCCGGGAGUUCAUGGCUGCCUUUGUCAAGCUCUACCCCCUGCUCGUGUUCUGCGCGCCCCUGCUCUGCGCCUUCCUUUAUUUCUGGCGCGCUUAUGGCAGGUGCCAGCGCAGGGGGACCAAGACCCAGAACCUGAGGAACCAGAUCAGAUCCAGGCGCCUUACAAUCAUGCUGCUGAGCGUCACUGUCACCUUGGCCGUGAUGUGGCUGCCGGAAUGGAUAUCCUGGCUGUGGGUUUGGCACCUAAAGCCAGCAGGUCCUUCUCCCCCUGAAGGCUUCCUGGCUCUGACCCAAGCCCUUAUGUUCACCAUCUCUUCAGCCAACCCUCUCAUCUUCCUGGUGAUGUCUGAGGAAUUCAGAGAGGGCUUUAAGGGCUUGUGGAAAAGGCUGACCCUGAAAAAGUCUCUUCCUGCCAUAGACAACCAGGAAAUCCCAGCUGCUAACUCUGAGUUUCUCCCUGAUUCGGUCCCUUCUCCAGAGCCAGUGAUUGCUGAGCAAGAGGGAGAACUCCCAGCUGCCCCUCAGGCCUUAGAAAGCCUGGAAAAGAAGGAGAUGCCCGUCUUUCCAGACGUAGAACAAUUCUGGCAUGACCGAGAAGCAGCCCCUGAUGCUCAAGACAAUGACCCUAUUCCUUGGGAGCAUGAAGAGCAAGAGACAGCAGGCUGUAAUCAAUAAGGUGGUCGGAGAUUAGAAAACUACACAAGUUUUAACCAGAGGAAGGGUCUUGUCAGUAUAGUUUUGUUACUUACCAGUGUGCUUAAGCGGAUACUGAAAACAUGCAAAUAAUGUUACUUUGAUGAAAUUCUUACCAUUUCCUGUGCUCAUUAAAUGUUUGGUUUCCUAAUCUGUUACAAUAUUCAUACUUGCAGUAUUAUUGUAGCCCUGUUGGUCCCUGGAUACUGCAGACUUGAAGAGCUCUGUAAACUCCAAAGCUUGUCUCUUUCACCAACAGAAGUUGGUCCUGUAAAAGGUAUCACCUCACCCACAAUAUUGGGGUGUGUGUGUGUGUGUGUGUGUGUGUAUAUAUAUCAGGGCAAUGCAUUUAUAGUUCAAAUCCUGACUCAAAGAUUUCGGUAGAGUGUCUUCUCUGAAAUAUUGGUUUGGCACUUCAGUAGCCAAACUAGAGUUGAGUUUUUUUAAAAGGUGUUUGAGACACACUGAAUUCAGAGACCAGAAAUAAGGAGAACUGACACAAACCUAACGAAGUAGUUCUUCUUAACAAGCAAGGACAAACUGGUGAGCUGAAUUUCAGCAUCUGUCUAAACCUCAGAAAGCUAAAACAUUAGUAUUUACAGAAUACAUACAGUGCAGAUUUCCCUUUUUUGAAUUUUCUGGGUUAAGCGCUGCAAUGACUUCUGUGGAAUUUAGUAUAGUUGCAUGGAGUGACAAUGCAGAAUUUGACUGCUGCAGCUGAAAUAUUUUCAGAAAUAUUUUUUGAGACAACUUCAAACAUGCACUGAGGUCUGAAAAGGUAGGUGAGGUUUGCUAACAGGCCAGAGUUGUCUUUCAGAACCAAAAAAAUAAUCCCUUCUUUCUGAAUGUGCAUUAUAGAGAUCAAGGUAUAUUUAAGCACCUUGUUUUAAAUUAGACAUGAUUUCUCCCUUCCUCAAUGAAAAUGUUUCAUGCCCAUUUUGUAAAGCACUUAUUGACAACUCUUAUGCUUUGUCAGUUUGUUUUCAACUGUGAAUAAAUAAAAAGUGAAGUUGCUUUGCCUUACUUAGAUACAAAAAUCAUUAUCUUCAGCCCCCUGAAAAUUCAAAGACAUUACUUCUAGUUAAGUAGCAGUGAAGGAACUAUUUUAUAAAGCUGUGCUGAUAUGGUCAGCAAGAUAGUAAUACAUUCAAGAAGAAUUAAUGAAUAGCCUUGUAUCUUAACAGGGUGAUUGGUUCCUAUGUGUACACUACAAAAUGUAGAGUUGGGAGAAUUUCUCACUAUUGCUAAAUGCUACCCUCAGACCUCUCCAGCUGUAGUGAAUUUAGCCAUUAGUCCUGCCUUGUGAAUUACCCCAAGUAUUUGGAAAUAGGAGCUAUCCUACUCAUUGGAGCAGCCUCAGACUCUCUCAGCACCAGACAAUGCCCAUUAUGUAUCACAGACAAGAGCAAACCUUAACAUGACUGCGGUUGUAUAGCUUAACAAAGAGAAAGACAA